AUGGGAUCGGCGUUGCUAUGUCUCCAUUCUCGUCGGCUCGUCGCCGCUCUCGCCGCCGCCGCCGCCAUGUCGCCGCUCACCCGCUCGCUGCUCGCGCUCGCCGCGCUACUCGCUGUGUCAAACGCUAAAAUCACGCUCGUCGAUUUAGGACUGGGAGCAAAAUGCGUUAAAUUUAUCAUAGAGAUUCCGCCAAGACCUAUGCCUUAUCAACCUUCGGACCAUGGUUCUAGAUUUACGAUGAUGAGUGACGGGCACAGCCAACCACUGACAGUGAUUCCCAACAAAUGUGUGGGGUACAACGAAGAGGUAGCCAGGCAGACGGUGGAGGUGUGCAACGAGUACCCCACCCCUUACGGACCCCAACCCUUACCACCGACAGUACAGGCCCUCGCUAACAACGUGCUAUCACCUGUUUUCGCGUCCUGUGGCGAGGACACUGAGUGUGAACCUCUGCUUUGGAAAAUCGAGCAGGACUGCAGAGUUUCUGUUAGACAACUUAUCUCAAGUCUCAACUAAUAGAUGGAGGUUUGGAGG